AUGCCUUUUCCUACUGUUCCUUCAUCCAAAAUUAUUUUCUACUUUUUUCUCCUUUCCUCUGCAUCCACUCCUACGCCUUUUCUUUUCAUUAUUUCAGUCUUCUUCCUCAUUCCUCUUGACUCAUAUUUGCCUUCUUACAAUCUCUUUUUUUUUACCUCGGGAUUUCUGUCCUUUCGUCAACACUUCUUUAUUUUCUUUCAUUCUCUUCUUCAGCUCUCAAAUUUUACUCCAUUUUUUCCUCUUUUUUUUCAGGUUAGUCUCACUCUGACAACUUAUCUUCUAUUCGCUCUAUCUCUCUCUCUCUUUUUCGUCUCUUCUUCUCUUCCUUCAGAAAUCACCGCUCAAGCACAACAUGGUUAUCUUGGGUGUCCCACUGCACAUUUUCCUCUCCGUUACGUCUAUAUAAAUUGGUUCAUCUCUCUCUCUCUCUCUCUCUCUCUCUCUCUCUCUCUCUCUCUCUCUCAGUUUAUUCAUACCUAUCUCAGGCUGUUCAUACCUAUCUCAAUCAGUUCAUAUCUAUCUAUCUAUCUAUCUAUCUAUCUAUCUAUCUAUCUAUCUAUCUAUCUAUCUAUCUCAUCUCUUAAUACCUAUCUCAAUCUGUUCAUAUCUAUCUAUCUAUCUAUCUAUCUAUCUAUCUAUCUCAGUCUGCUAAUAUCUAUGUCUAUUCUCAUCUAUCUAUCUAUCUAUCUAUCUAUCUAUCUAUCUAUCUAUCUAUCUAUGUCUGUCAGUUUAUCUACCUGA